UUCGUCCAAACUGUAUGAAUUGUUCAGUGAGUGGAAUAAGUUCGGUGCAAGCAUUUGGCGAAGUAACACGUGUGCAUCAUGUAUCUUAAAGCAGUCGUUUUACUGUUGACGAUAGGAUAUCUGAAUGCCGAAGUAUUUUUCGAGGAAAAAUUCGACAACGAUAACUGGAAGGAGGAAUGGAUCUACAGUAAGCACCCUGGCAAGGAGUUCGGCAAGUUCGUCCACUCCGCGGGCUCUUUCUAUAACGAUGCUGAAGUAGACAAAGGCAUUCAGACAUCCCAGGACGCUCGGUUUUACGCGCUGUCCAAGAAAUUCGAUGGAUUCUCAAAUAAGGCCAAGCCAUUGGUCGUCCAGUUCUCAGUGAAGCACGAGCAAAAUAUCGAUUGCGGAGGUGGCUACGUGAAACUGUUCGAUUGCUCGCUGGAGCAAACCGAUAUGCACGGGGAGUCACCCUACGAGAUCAUGUUCGGCCCCGAUAUCUGUGGACCCGGUACUAAGAAGGUCCAUGUUAUACUUAGCUACAAGGGAAAGAAUCACUUGAUUAACAAGGAUAUUAGGUGCAAGGAUGACGUGUACACACAUUUCUACACUCUGAUUGUUAAGCCAGACAACACAUAUGAAGUCUUGAUUGACAAUGAGAAAGUCGAGUCGGGAAAUCUUGAAGAUGAUUGGGAUUUCUUGGCACCCAAGAAGAUUAAGGAUCCAAAUGCCAAGAAGCCCGAAGAUUGGGACGAUAAGGCCACAAUUCCCGACCCUGAUGAUAAGAAACCAGAGGAUUGGGACAAGCCAGAGCACAUUCCAGACCCAGAUGCUACCAAGCCCGAAGAUUGGGAUGAUGAGAUGGAUGGUGAGUGGGAACCCCCAAUGGUUGAUAACCCUGAGUACAAAGGAGAGUGGCAACCCAAGCAAUUGGACAACCCUAAUUAUAAGGGCGCUUGGGAGCAUCCAGAAAUCGAUAACCCCGAAUACAGUGCCGACGAUAACUUAUAUCUUCGCAACGAAAUUUGCACAUUGGGCUUCGAUUUGUGGCAAGUGAAGUCUGGAACGAUAUUCGAUAAUGUCCUCAUCACCGAUGACAUUGAGCUGGCAUCGAAGGUGGCCGCUGAAGUGAAAAAUACACAAUCUGGAGAAAAGAAAAUGAAGGAAUUGCAGGAUGAAGUCCAAAGGAAAAAGGAUGAAGAGGAAUCUAAGAAAAAUUCUGAAAAGGACGAUGAGGACGAGGAUGAUGACGACGAGGACAAUAUUGAGUCUAAGCAAGAGACUGAAGACAAUGGUCAUGAUGAAUUGUAAUUGUAGACAUGACAACAAUGUAUUUAGUUGUGCAUACUUAAGUUGUUUGACAAGUACAAACAUUCUUGAUAAUAUUUAUGUAGAAUUACAAUUUGCAAGACUUAUAAAUUAUAAAUAAAUCAAUUGCAUACAGUCUUCGAAAUGCAUAUGUAUGUG